AUGAUUCAGUUAGAAAGUAUCUUUGACGCGGAAAAGAAGAUUUGGUCCGGAAGAAAAGUGAAACCACUUUAUAACCCACAACUGACCCUCGGGGAAGCAAUUCGAUCAAUUUUGCAGAGGAACCCUAAGAAGAUUGGGCAAAUUAGUGAUGACAAUGGAGUACGUCUUUCAAAUGGCGAGAUCCUGUUACGAGCAUACAAAAUCGGAUAUUACCUGAUGGACAAGUGGAACUUACAAAACACGGAUGUGAUCGGACUUAUAGCCAGAAACACGGAAAACCUGGCUCCUCUUGUUUUCGGGCUGUUCUUUUGUGGAGUGUCAGUUAACGCACUAGAUACUUCCUUCAGUGAAGAUGAAAUUGUCAACUUAUUCACAUGUACAAAACCCAAAUUGGUUUUCUGCGAUGCUGAUGCAUAUUCGACAGUGAAAAAUUCCCUGGAAAUAAUAGGCAGUACUGCUGCUAUCUAUAUUGUAGCAGGACAACUAGAAAAGGGGAUGCCUACUACAGUGGAUCACAUUAUCGACCAAACAACAGAUGAAGAGGCACAAAAAUUCAGGCCCUGUGAACCCGAAGAUCCCAGCAAUCAUCCUGCCAUGAUUAUUUGCUCUUCAGGGACAACUGGAUCCGCCAAGGGAGUCUGCAUCUCACAUAAUUCUAUGCUACAACAGAAUGUUUUCACAUCUCUCCACCAGACUGACAUCUUGUUAAGCUUUAGUUCCUUGUACUGGUUAUCAGGGGUAUAUACACUUAUUAUGGGAACUAUCCUCGGUGUAACCAGAAUUAUCACUAGCCAGCCAUUUACUCCCGAGUUGAUGCUACGCUUAGUAGAACAAUACCGAAUCACAUCUUUCAUAUCACCCCCAUCACAACUAGCAAUGUUGGUCGAAUGUCCUGACAUCAAAACCAGGGACCUCUCCAGCCUCUGUGAAUUUCUUUGUGGAGGAAGCUUCGUUUCGCCGGUGCUUUGUGAUAAAAUGCAGCGAUACCUGCCAAACGGAAGGGUUACAGUCGGAUACGGAACAACCGAAAUAGGAGGAGCUCCGAAUAUGAAUGCGGAUCCUUUCAAGUAUGGAUCAGUUGGAAAAUUGACGGAAAACUUUCAAAUAAAAAUCAUAGACGAUAAAGGGGUUGCAUUGGGACCACAUGAAAACGGCGAAAUGUGCUACAAACCCACACAGAAAUUUCUCGGUUACUACGGGCGCAUGGAGGAAGUCGAUUCAGUGUUAGAUAGUGAAGGUUGGGUUCACACCGGAGACAUUGGUCACAUGGACGAUGACGGAUUCUUAUUCAUAGUUGAUCGGAAGAAGGAGAUUAUGAAAUAUAAAAAUUUUCACUUCUCACCAAGUGAGUUGGAAGGUUUUCUCUUAGGUAUCCCCGGUGUUAGUGAAGUUUGUGUUUGUGGAAUCCCAGACCCAAUCUUCACUGACCUGCCAACCGCCGUCAUUGUACGUAGUAAAGGCUCAAACAUCCAAGAAAAGGAUAUCCACGAUUACAUGAAGAACCACCUAUCGGACCAUAAACAAUUGCGUGGUGGGAUUUAUUUUGUAGAUAGUUUGCCCAUGACAGCAUCAGGAAAGUACAAAAGGAGGACAGUGAAGGAAAUUGCUAUGAAAUUAUAUGGACAAACGGUGAACGGUAAAAACAACCUAAUCAAAGUAUGUUAAGAAAUAAAGUCUCAUAAAGUUA